CCGCGUACGUGAACAGUAAUGAAUUAGAUGAUAAUUUAUUGCAUUCAAUGUGUGUAUGCUUUGUAAUUCAUAGACGGAUUUCGGUUGGAAGUGUUCUGGCGUGUGGUCCCAUUGACUGAAAGCGCUCACAACGAUGGGACGUCGUCGUAAUCUUGAGGACAUUGACGUUGACCACAUCUGGAAUGUACUCAAUCCAUGGGGCCGCUACCAAUGGAAGCAACUAUCCUCCUAUCUCUUUAUCUGCGUCUCCUGGGUCAUUCACCAGCUCAGCAUUGUUUUCAUAGGUUACCGUCCGAACUUUUACUGCACACCUGGUCCCAACGAUUCCAUGAUUGCCAACGAGACUGGCAUCAAGUUUGAAUAUGAAGAAUGCUCGAUUAAAACGUUUGAGAACACAAGUGAUGGUGAGAAAGAAACGAGCACGGAUUGCAAAUAUGGCUUCACAUACGACAUACCCACCGAGCAGUCGUUUGUAUCUGAGUGGGACUUUGUUUGCGACAAGGCGGAGAUGGCUGAGGCCACCCAGACACUGCUUAUUCUCGGCAUGAUGAUCGGUACAUUCAUCUGUCCCACACUUUCUGACAAGUUUGGCCGGAAGCCAGUGAUGGUGUUUAGUCACGUGAUAUUGUUCGCCAUUGUCCUGGGAACGGCAUUUAGUCCCAACUACACUGUGUUUGUAGUGCUCAGAAUUCUUACUGGGGCCGUAACACAGGGUGCGUUAUCUGGGACUACUCUCGCCUUAGAGACUUUCCCCAAGGAAAUACGUCACAAUACGGAGGUACUAGCCCUCGCAAUGUGGACGACUGCUAUCUGUUUAAUGUCUCCAAUCGCGUACGCUCUACGUUUCGUCUCCUGGCGCUACCUCCAGAUUACGUACGCUCUCAUGAGUGCUUGGUCCGUAUUCCAGUGGUGGAUGCUUGACGAAUCUCUUCGUUGGGUGAUAGCCAACGGAAAGCUAGAUCACGCGAAACGCAUUGUCAAGAACGCAUGCAAAUGGAACCAUAAAAACUACGAAGACGUUCUCAGACAGAUUGGGCUGGAUGAAUCAGAAGACGAAACUCAAGAGUUAACACACGAGAAUGGUGCAACAGAAACAAACGGCAAGCUUGUUAAAACAAGCACUAUUGGUAACAAGAUUAAAGAAGAAAUGGCAGUUGAGCAACUGAAUGUUACUGUCAUCUUUCGCCAUAAAGGAAUACGAAAUGUGUCCUUUAUAAUUUGGUAUACAUGGAUGGUUGAUAGCCUGGUAUACUAUGGCCUGUAUAUGAUCUCUGGUGAUCUCUACGGAGACAGAUACAUCAACUUCUUUCUCAGCGCUUUGAUCGAAUACCCAGCCGCAGUGUUUGAAUAUUUUGCACUUGCACGGAUUGGUAGGAAGUGGACAUGUGUGAUAUGUCACAGCGUAGCCGCCGUUGCGUUGAUCAUUGCUACGGCCCUAACAUACAGCGCUGAUGGCAAUACCAAUAUGUUGAUGGCGGGAACAGCUUUCACCUUGGUUGGUAAAAUGGGGAUUACUGGAGCCUUCAGUUCCUCCUACGUCGUCACACCGGAACUCUAUCCGACUAACCUAAGAAACACGGGACUUGGCGUCGGCUCAUUCAUGGGCAAAAUUGGUGGCAUGAUUGCUCCGUUCUCUCGCAAUGCUUCACACAGGAUAAAAUGGCUUCCUGGCGCAAUCUACGCUGUUCUUUGUCUGGUUGUCAUUGUCUUAUUUGCGUUCGUACCUGAAACGAAUGGCGUUGAACUCCCACAGACUCUUGACGAACUCAGUGAAUGGUACAGGGUUAAUAAGUUUGAGCUCAAAAUCGGCAAAAACAGGGUUGCAGAUAAUGCUGCCAAAAAGGGGGAACAUGAAAUAAAUAUUACAAGUGAAAAGAAUUAAUCGCAAGACUGCAAGACUACAAUAUUUCAUUUUUAAACAUUACUGUACAGUAUAUGUGUUUUUGUUUUGCUUUCCGAAGAAACAGUAGAUAAUGACUACGAGAUCAGAUGGAAUGUAAAACCAUUUUCUCGGCUCCGACCAGUUUAUUUGCUUAUAUUAACAAAUUAUGUAUAGUUGGUUAUUUUAGGCGUGUUCUUAACUUAUUACCUAUAAAGUAAAAGUGUCGACUUUGUUCAUAAGUAUGUUCAAUUCACAUUCACCAAUAAAUGAUUUUUU